CUGCGGCCGCGGGGCAGGGAGAAGGUCCGGAGGAGCGCGUCGAGGGACAGGCUGGACGAUAUCGUCCUGCUAACGAAGGAUAUCCAGGAAGGGGACACGCUGAACGCGAUUGCGCUCCAGUAUUGCUGCUCGGUUGCAGAUAUCAAGAGAGUUAACAAUCUUAUCAAUGAUCAAGAUUUUUUUGCCCUGAGGUCUAUCAAAAUUCCAGUGAAAAAGUUCAGUGUAUUGACCGAAACACAUGUCUCUCCAAAAGGAAGACCAGUCCUUCGGCCUGCUCACUGUGCCCCAGAAGCGCAGGAAACAUCACCUUCCGAUAAAUUCUCUGCUAAUGAGACCGCCGGCAACUUCUUAAAAGAAGUGGAUCGAGAUAUAGAAGAAAUAGUGAAGUGUAAUGAUACAAAGAGAGAGAAUCUUAAUGAAGUUGUUUCUGCCUUAGCAGCCCAACAGAUCUGUUUUGAAACUGAUGGUAAAACUAAAAAAUGCAAGGAUCCUUACUACGGAGCAGAUUGGGGUAUAGGAUGGUGGACAGCUGUAGUGAUUAUGUUGAUUAUUGGCAUAGUAACUCCAGUUUUUUACCUCCUGUAUUACGAAGUUCUAGUGAAAGCAGAUGUCAGUCAUCAUUCUACAAUGGAAUCUUCCCAUUUGUUUGUCACAGCGGCAUCACAUCAGAAACAAAUCGAAAACGGAAUAAAUCCGGCAAAUGUUAUAAAUGUUGAUAAUCAGGGAGACCUUCAGCCUUAACAGUGGAAAACCGCAGCCAACUGUUCUCCUUAGACACAUAAAUAGCAUUAGAGAAAGGGGAAACCACAGAAUGCAAAAUGCAUCUGGAAUACAGAGGAAAUGCGUGCUGAUCUAUGACUUGCCUUUAUGGGCAGUAUUCCAGUACAAGGAUAUUUCUGUGGAUCAUGUAAUCUCUGAGUGUGCCUGAGACAGGCAAUUUUAAUGCAAGAUUGGGAUAUAAAUUGAGGUAUACAAUUGUCUCUGAAGCUUUGCACUUUUUUCUAUUUU